GUUCAAUGUGCUCUCGAUGAAUGGAUAACCGGUCAACGCACGGACAUCCAAUUUACCGAAUCGGCCUAUGCUCAGAAGUUCGAUGCGCAGCUUACCGCCCUUGAGACCUUUGACUUCAAGACCAAAGAUCUAGAUGUUGUCACCAGGAUCCGAGUAAACUUGCUGAAACGUGCACGGAGUUGCGCGAAGGUACCGGAGACAAAUGAAGGUGAUGCACGCCUACUUGUCAACGAUGACUACGCAGCGGCGAGGAGGGAGUGGGAGCUGCACGGGGUAGAAUAUGACAGCGAAUGA